AUGAAGAGCCUCGACGCGUACUUUGCCAAGCUGAAUGGCUCUUCCAGCAGCAGCAGCAGCAGCAGCAGCGGAGAGAAUCAAACACAAGGGCAACAAACCGCGGAAGCCGUGGCUGCGCCUGCAGCUGCUGCAGCAUCAGCAGAGACUGCUGCAUCGCCUGCCGCCAGCGCGACUUCGACAGCGUCAUCCGCCACCGCUGAUACGAGCAGUUCGGCGGAGAAGAAGAAAGGCACCAAGGACUUUCAAGCACUGAGCUCCCUGAAUUCGUACUUCGACAAGCUCAACGCGGGUAAAGAGAAAAAGGCGGACGCUGCAGCACCAGCUGCCUCGCAGGCACCCGCAGCCGCGUCUUCAACAGCGCAGGCUGACGUCAGCAGCAAGGGUGCGGAGGCGGACAAAACGGAGAAGGCGGAGAAGGUGCUGAAGGCGGAGGAGAGCGGCGGAAGCAAGGAGCUGAAGGCGGAGGAGGUGGAGGAGCUAAUCAGGCGGAUUGUGGAGGACGUGGAGAAGAAGAAGGGCAGUGGCGCGCUUGACAGCAAGGUGUCGGACCUGACUCUGGAGGCCAUCAUGGGCCCGCGCAACCUGCUGGACGACUGGAUCUCCGCCAAAGCGGCCGUUUCUGCUCCCACCGCCGUCUACACGCUAGUGGCGAUCAACAUAGCGGUGUUCCUCUUUGAGCUCGCCAGUCCCGAGGCGGUGCCGGGGGUGAUCACCACGUCGUUGCCAGCGCUGCUCGCCGCCAAGGUCAACCCGCUCAUUGAAGCCGGCGAGUGGUGGCGCCUCCUCACGCCCUCCCUCCUCCACGCAGGCAUCAUCCACCUGUCAGUGGGCACGUUCUUCCUGCUGGGCCUCGGCAGUGUGUUGGAGUUCGCCAUCGGCCCCCUGGGUCUGCUUGCAGUGUACUUCUCCUCUGGACUCGCAGGCAACAUCACCUCGUUUCUGCAGACGCCUGACGUUACCGUUGGCGGCACGGGCCCAGUGUACGGGGUGGCAGCAGCGUAUGCGGCGUUUCUGAUAAAGAACCGGGAGGUGAUCGGCACGGAGACGGCGGACAGCAACGUGCGCGAGUCGCUCAUCAUUGCCGCACUCUUCGCUCUCUUUGCCAACCCCCUGCCCAUCGACCCCUCCACCCACGCUGGAGCAGCACUGGCAGGCUUUCUGUUCGGCAGCAUUGCAGCUCCGUCCAUGCGCAAAGUGAAGAUAUCCAAUGAGGAGGCAGUGAAGCGGCAACAAGGGCUGCUCAACUCUCUGCUCAGCCAGAAAACAAAGGAGGAUUCCUAUGAGCUGGUGGUGGAACCAGCUGACUCCAAGAAGCUGGCUGCUGCUUUUGGGGCAUCCAUGGCACUUUCACUUGUGCUGUUUCAGUUGUCGCAAGGAAUUAUUUUAGAUGAUGAUUUGUUGCAGUCAUUGUCCUCUGUAGACGGUGAUGUCUGGGCUGACGAUUUGUCGCUGCACAACCCGUUGAGGAGACUGGAGCGUAUGGGUUGCGGAUGGUUGGCUGUUCUGCUGGAGUGGGAGGGGGUAAUGAUUGAUGAUGGUUCUGCGUUCGAACGACAGGCGUGGAUAGCUCUUGCGGAAGAGGAAGGACGACCUCAGCCUCCUGUUUGGAUUCUUAAGAGGGCAGAGGGCAUGAAAAACGAGCAGGUUAUUCGCGAGGUGCUUUGCUGGUCGCGUGACUUCAUGACCGUGAGGAGAUUGUCACAGAGAAAAGAAGAGCUGUAUGAGCAGUUUCAGGGAGGUUGCUACAGGCUUCUCCCCGGCUCCAGAGAAUUUCUGGACACUCUGAAGCGGUGCAAGAUCCCGGUGGCGAUCGUGUCGACUCGUCCGGCGAGAUACUUGGAGCGAGCGGUCGAGGCUGUGGGCAUGGAGGGCUUCUUCGAUGCUGUCAUUUCCGCGGAUGACGUGCAGAGAGGAAAGCCGGAUCCUGAGAUGUACCAGUAUGCCGCACAGCGACUGCAGUUUAUUCCGGAGCGUUGCAUCGUCAUUGGCAGCUCCAACUCCACUAUCGAAGCGGCCCACGAUGCGUACAUGAAGGUUGUUACCGUUGCAGGAAGGCACCCAGUCUAUGAGUUGGGUGCUGCGGAUCUGGUGGUUCGCAAGCUGGACAUGCUAUCCGUGGUCGAUCUCAAGAACCUGGCAGACCUAGACUCGCCGGAAUUCACUCCGCCGCCUGAGCUAGAGCCUGAAUUAGAGCCGGAAACCAAGAGAACUGGCGUUGGCACCUUGUGA